AUGCAGUCUCUUCUAGGACUGAGUUGUGUGGGACCUAUUGUACCAAUUAAGGGAUCGGCCGAGUCAACAUGCAGCCAACCAUCAACUGACCUGUCUCUGGAUGAGGAGAGGGAAGCUUUACGAAGAGAAACGGAGCACCAAGCACUUUCACAGUUAGAACAAGCUCGAAGGAAACCUGUGGCCUUCGCUGUGAGGACAAAUGUUUCCUUUGAUGCUUCACUGGAUGAUGACUCCCCAGUUCAUGGAUAUGCCAUCUCCUUCACAUGCAAGGAUUUCUUGCACAUACUGGAGAAAUUCAGUAAUGAUUGGUGGAUUGGCCGAGCUGUUAAAGAAGGCUGUGAUGUUGGCUUUAUCCCUAGUCCUGCAAAAUUGGAAAACCUGAAACUUCAGCUGCCAAGUUCUGGUAAGGGAGCCAAGUUUUAUGGCAAAGUUAAUUCUCCUUCAAACAUUGAUAACUUCUCCAGAGUCUCCACACCACCAACUCCUGAAUGUAUGUUUUUAGGUAUUGAUGGAGAUCAUAAUGGAGUGGAUAGUAACGUUGGAGAAGACAGCGAUAGCCUGGGCAAUGUCAGAACUAGCAAACCAAACAUUACCCCACCUACUAAAGAGAAAAGAAAACCUUUUUUCAAGAAGUCAGAAAAUAUUCCUCCUUAUGAAGUAGUGCCUUCCAUGAGACCAGUAGUACUGAUUGGACCUUCACUGAAAGGAUAUGAAGUGACAGAUAUGAUGCAGAAAGCCCUUUUUGAUUUUCUUAAGCACAGGUUUGAAGGAAGAAUUAUCAUUACCAGAGUAACAGCAGAUAUAUCAUUGGCUAAGCGCUCAUUACUGAAUAAUCCCACCAAAAGAGCUCUAAUAGAACGGUCAAACAGCAAGAUGUCCGGAUUUGUGGAAGUACAAGAAGAAAUAGAGAGGAUAUUUCAAUUAGCAAGAGGAUUGCAAAUGGUAGUGCUUGACUGUGACACUAUAAAUCAUCCCUCCCAGCUGACCAAAACUUCCCUGGCUCCAAUAGUUGUUUAUGUAAAGAUCUCAUCACCUAAAGUUCUUCAAAGAUUGAUAAAGUCCCGAGGUAAAUCACAAAGUAGAAAUAUGAAUGUUCAAUUGGUUGCUGCAGAUAAGCUGGCUCAGUGCAGCCCUGAAAUGUUUGACGUGAUUCUUGAUGAGAACCAAUUGGAUGAUGCAUGUCAGCAUCUGGCUGAGUACUUGGAGCGUUAUUGGCGAGCAACCCACCCAGCUUCUAUGGAACCUAAACAUCAUGCAUCCCACUCUAACAUCAUGUCUGACUCUCUCCAUGCUGAUUCCCCAAACAGACAGUUGCAUGAGCGUGGAGGUGGUGAUGGCAGCCGGCUGUCUCACGAUCGCGAGUAUGACAUAGACAGGUCACACGACCGGCCCAGAGACUCUGAUCGAGGAGCUCCCCGUGGUGUGCCUGAAUUCACCGAUAUCCGAGGAGCCCAUGACAGACGUGAGCGCAGUCAUCAUGUAGAUACGCGAGACAAGGGCUACCCAUCACCUCGCAGCCAGAAACACCCACCUAUCAAGGAAGGCAGUAUAGACAUUUAA